ACCAUCCCCGAGGUGCAUUGCGCGCCCGCGAUGGAGGACGUAAUGCUUAACAGCCAGCACGCUGCACGCCGGGAAACGUAGUCUUCAUUGCAAGCUAGAGACUAGAAUUUAUUAAUAAAUUUACUUAUUUAGUAGAAUAGGAACACCCCUCAGGGUCUGAAGCCCCCUGAAGUGUUCCUUGAAGUUGCCAUUUUUUUCUUAUCUGUAUAAAGAUAACCCCUUUCUAUGCAGCCGUUAGAAAACAUGUAUCAUUCACCAAAAUAUUUUCUUGUAGGUAAAAACUGGCUGAACCCACCGGACGUGAUGGCUUACGCCUAUAAUUCCAACAUUUUGGAAGCCGAGGCGGGAGGAUCGCUUGAGUCCAAGAGUUCGAGAUCAGCCUGGGCAACAAAGGGAGACGGCAUCUCUACAAAAAUUUUAAACGUUAGCCGGGUGGGGUGGCGCAAGCCUGUGGUCCCAGCUACUCGGGAGGCUGAGGUCGGAAGAUCGCUUGAGCCCAGGAGGUCGACGUUGCAGUGAGCCAUGAUUGCACCACUGCAUUCCAACCUGAGCGAUAGAGUGAGACUGCCUGAAAGGAAAAAAAAAAAAAAAAGUCUGAAACCUAGAUGCCAGCUGGAAGGCUUAAGACAUCUAUCCCCUUUGCAAAUCAGUGGGAAAACACACUAAAGGAAAAAAGGCUCUUCCAGUCCCCCAGAAUCUGGAAAAUAAAGUCGAUUGAAAUCAGUCUCCUGAGAUAGUAACUGUUAGGCUGUAUUGAGAAUGAGAUAAGCAUAUAAAGCGUUUGCUCGCCAAGUACCUGGGACAUGGUAAGUGCUCUGUAAACGUUAGGUGUACUUGCUAACUUUUAUUUCCUCCCACAAGAAUGUGAGUCCCAUAAGAGCAAAAACCCCGUAGGUCCUGUUCAACUGUGUCCAGAGCACCUGGACCGGUAUUUGGCACAUCUUGAAUUGAACUGAACUGAACUGAAUUGAAUUGAAUUGAAUUGAUAGUCUAAGCAUCCUGCCUCUCCAAGUUCCCUGGAAUUCAGUUUCCUCAACGGCAGAUAAAGGAGUCACUAAAAUCCCUUCCAGUCCUACAGCUUUAGGACGGUUCUUAUCCCUCCUUUUUUCGCCUAGGAGUCUGAACGCCCAGGUUGAAGUUCAGACCCCGGAAAACCCUAACCCACCUUGGGUUUGGAACGUGAGUCUGGGGCCUGGGGCCUGGGCCCGCCCCCGUUGCCAUGGAGCGGCUCCGCCCACUGGCGCUGCGAAUCCCGAUCCCUGAUUGGCUGGGCGGCCGACUCCUUCUCUGGAUGUGUCCGCUGCCGCCAUUGUGCGGCGCUGGUCCCCUCAGAGGGUUCCUGCUGCUGCCGGUGCCUUGGACCCUCCCCCUCGCUUCUCGCUCUACUGCCCCAGGAGCCCGGCGGGUCCGGGACUCCCGUGCGUGCCGGUGCGGGCGCCGGCAUGUGGCUGUGGGAGGACCAGGGCGGCCUCCUGGGCCCUUUCUCCUUCCUGCUGCUGGUGCUGCUGCUGGUGACGCGGAGCCCGGUCAAUGCCUGCCUCCUCACCGGCAGCCUCUUCGUUCUGCUGCGCGCCUUCAGCUUUGAGCCGGUGCCCUCUUGCAGGGCCCUGCAGGUGCUCAAGCCCCGGGACCGCAUUUCUGCCAUCGCCCACCGCGGUGGCAGCCACGACGCGCCCGAGAACACGCUGGCGGCCAUUCGGCAGGCAGCUAAGAAUGGAGCAACAGGCGUGGAGUUGGACAUUGAGUUUACUUCUGACGGGAUUCCUGUCUUAAUGCACGACAACACAGUAGAUAGGACGACUGAUGGGACUGGUCGAUUGUGUGAUUUGACGUUUGAACAAAUUAGGAAGCUGAAUCCUGCAGCAAACCACAGACUCAGGAAUGAUUUCCCUGAUGAAAAGAUCCCUACCCUGAGGGAAGCCAUUGCAGAGUGCCUAAAUCAUAACCUCACAAUCUUCUUUGAUGUCAAAGGCCACGCAAACAAGGCUACUGAGGCUCUAAAGAAAAUGUAUAUGGAAUUUCCUCAACUGUACAAUAAUAGUGUGGUCUGUUCUUUCUUGCCAGAAGUUAUCUAUAAGAUGAGACAAACAGAUCGGGAUGUAAUAACAGCAUUAACUCACAGACCUUGGAGCCUAAGCCAUACAGGAGAUGGGAAACCACGCUAUGAUACUUUCUGGAAACAUUUUAUAUUUGUUAUGAUGGACAUUUUGCUCGAUUGGAGCAUGCAUAAUAUCUUGUGGUACCUGUGUGGAAUUUCAGCUUUCCUCAUGCAAAAGGAUUUUGUAUCCCCGGCCUACUUGAAGAAGUGGUCAGCUAAAGGAAUCCAGGUUGUUGGUUGGACUGUUAAUACCUUUGAUGAAAAGAGUUACUAUGAAUCCCAUCUUGGUUCCAGCUAUAUCACUGACAGCAUGGUGGAAGACUGUGAACCUCACUUCUAGACUUUUACGCUGGGACGAGACGGGUUCAGAAACUGCCAGGGGCCUCAUACAGGGAUAUCAAAAUACCCUUUGUGCUAGCCCAGGCCCUGGAGAAUCAGGUGACUCACACAAAUGCAAUAGUUGGUCACUGCAUUUUUACCUGAACCAAAGCUAAACCCAGUGUUGCCACCAUGCACCAUGGAAUGCCAGAGUUCAACACUGUUGCUCUUGCAAAUCUGGGUCUGAAAAAACGCACAACAGCCCCUGCCCUGCCCUAGCUGAGGCACACAGGGAGACCCAGUGAGGAUAAGCACAGAUUGAAUUGUACAAUUUGCAGAUGCAGAUGUAAAUGCAUGGGACAUGCAUGAUAACUCAGAGUUGACAUUUUAAAACUUGCUACACUUAUUUCAAAUAUUUAUACUUAGCUAUGUUAACAUGUACUGUAGACAUCAAACUUGUGGCCAUACUAAUAAAAUCAUUAAAAGGAGCACUAAAGGAAAA